AAAUGACUUUCAUACAAAAAUGAACAAAAAUAUUUUCCAAAACUCUCUUCUUUCAGCCUUCUCCACCCCCACCCCAAUUCACACCCUCGUCACUCCGCCCCCCUAACCCCUGACCACACACCCCGGCUCACCAUCCAACCCCCCUCCCUGGCAAACCUCCCUUUCCCCAACCAACCCCCCUUGACGCACCACCCACUCCUCUCUCGGCCCCUUCCCCUGCCCACCCCUAUCCCCACUCCCUCACUAUUUCGUUUCCUAUAGUGUUGCCGAGAUGAUAUAUUUUCCUUAAAAAGAAAAAAAUUGCUAACUAAUCAAACACCAGAAAAUAAGUAAGAAAUACUUAUUUUUGUAUGAAAAUAUUUUCUAGAAACUUUUUUCCGUGGCAAACAUUUUCCUUCGUACCACACCUUUGUCUCUUAAAUAUUCUAUGCGGUUUCAGUUUAGACUUGGUCAAUAGUAACUUGCUUGCGCACAAAACAACCAAAUACAUAACGUCAUGCAUGGAAUGGAAUGAUGAUGCAGUUAGAUGUCAGAAGUGUCCAUUGGGUUUUGGAGAUGAUUAUGUAGAGUUCAAAGUCAUUGGCUAACUGUAAUUGAUUGGGAAGUUUCCUAUGAUGUUGAAGUGAACGUAUUACUGCUUAUAUAUGUGUUACAAUUUCUUAAUUUUAGAGGAGGUACGUGUAAUUCUUGACUAUUCAACUUUCGAGCUUGUGGGUCAAAUUUUCAAUUCCUCUACUUCUGUCAAUUCAACAGUCAAUGUCUUCUGUUUCCCGAUUGCAAGCCAGAUUUAACAAACCACCAAAUUCAAGAGCUGAUAUUAGAAUACUAUUGUUCUUCUCUGAAUCUCCUCUGCCGUAUUUGUUAGUCCAGUAUUUGGAGCCAAAGAAACGCAAAAGGAAAAAUAAAAGAGCACCGUCUUUGGUCUAUGACCCUCUCUUUGAAUGGCGUCUAUCAGUGUAUAUUGAUUGCUAUUUUCCCCACAAACAAGAGUUGAAGGAAAUCCCUCUCUGUUUUGCCCUUUUUAUCUUUAGCUCUCUGUAAUUGCUACCUUUUUCCAUCCCUAAUUCUGAGAAAUUUUCCAUCCCUAAUUCUAAGAAAAAACAGAGGAGAAAAAAACACAUACCUGAGUUUUUUCCAUAUCACUACUUAUCCAUCAUGCGACCUCCAUCAGCCGCCGCCUCUUCCUCAUCCAUGGCGGCACCACCCUCCUCCUCCGAGCUCAUGCGCGUCAAUCGCAUUGGCAGCGGCUUCGGGAGUUCGGUGUACAAGGUCCAACACAGGCCCACCAGUGAACUUUACGCGCUCAAGGAGAUCUCCUGUAUCCACGAGAACUCCAUCCGCGUCCAGAUGUUCCGGGAGAUCGAAAUUCUCCUGGAUGUAAAUAACCCUAACGUCGUGAAAUGCCAUGACGUGCUUGAUCACAACGGGGAAAUCCAAAUCCUCCUCGAGUACAUGGAUAACGGCUCUCUAGAAGGGAUUCACAUCCCUUACGAGCCCGUCCUUUCUGAUUUAACCCGCCAGGUUCUUUCCGGACUCUUCUACCUCCACAGCCGCAACAUUGUGCACAGAGAUAUCAAACCCUCCAACAUUUUAAUAAACUCUAUGCACGAGGUGAAGAUUGCAGACUUUGGAAUUUCGGGAUUUUUGGAGCAAACCAUGGAUUUGUCAGUGGGAAGUAUCAGUUACAUGAGUCCCGAGAGAAUCAACACGGACCUAAAUACAGGCCAGCAGAAUAUAUAUAUAUAUCGAUAUGCAGAGGAUAUAUGGGGUUUGGGAUUAAGCAUCCUGGAACUUUACUUGGGAAAGUUUCCAUUUUCUGGUAGGAAUUGGUGGAGUGUUAUGACGGCCAUUUGUAUGUCGCAGCCGCCAGAGGCGCCGUCUACUGCUUCUCCGGAGUUCCGGGACUUCAUAGCUUCCUGUUUGCAAAGGGAUCCUUCUAGAAGGUGGACGGUGGAGCAGCUGUUGCGCCAUUCUUUUAUAACUCAGUAUGAACUGAAAGUGGAAACUAUGGAUUACCCUAGCCAACUUAUACGUUGAUGACAUUCGUAGCACUUGGUUAAUUUUUUCCAAAGGAUGGCGAUCGGUAAACAGGUGAUUUUUAGUAGUGGGCGUCGUCUCUUGGAUUUGUUUUAUUUUUGGUAAUGGCUUUGCUGGCGAUGAUUGUAAAAGGAUUAAUUGCAUGUGUAAUAAAGUUUCUCUAACCUUGUGAUUAAUGAAGAGAAGAGUUUGAGUAGAUUUAGUUGCACGUUCUUAAGAUAAAAUAGUUAGCUGUGGGCAGUUUUUAGUAGGGACAGUUCCGUUCACUCUUAAUCCUGGUGUAAUUAUAUAUGAUUAAUAAACUCCUCGGUUCUUUAA